UCUUUUUAAAGCAAUUAGAACGGAAAGUACCUGGCUCCUUCUAAAGAGAAUCAAAAACCGGUUAGCAGGAGAUUCGGAGGGCAGGGGGAAGGUGCCGUGUAACCCUUACGUUACUCCAUUUUUUCUUUUUUUGAUGGCAUGUGUUUUCAGUAUUGGAAUGCAUGCUUACUAUUGGAGUGUUUUUAAAUUUGGUUGGUAAUAUGGAUUUUGGAGCCCUGGUGGUGCAGUGGAGACCCUGGUGGUGCAGUGGAGACCCUGGUGGUGUAGUGGUUAAGAGCUACGGCUGCUAACCAGAAGGUUGGCAGUUCGAAUCCACCAGGUGCUCCUUGGAAACCCUAUGAGGCAGUUCUAUUCUGCCCUAUAGGGUCGCUAUGAGUUAGAAUAGUCUCGAUGGGAAUGGGUUUGUUUUUUGGUGGCACAGUGGUUAAGAGCUCAGGCUGCUAACCAAAAGGUCGGCAGUUUGAAUCCGCCAGCUGCUCUUUGGAAACCUUAUGGGGUGGUUCUGCUCUGUCCUGUGGGUCACUAUGAGUUGGAAUCGUCUCGGUGGUAAUGGGUUUGUUUUAUUUACAUAUUUAUUUUGGUUUAAUAUGGUAUCUUAGUUAUCUAGUGCUGUUAUAAUACAUACCACAAAUGGAUGGCUUUAUCAGACACAAGUUUAUUCUCUGACGGUUGAGGAGCCUAGAUGUCUGAAUUCAGGGGGCCAGCUCCAGGGGUAGGCUUUCUCUGUAGGCUCUGGAGGAAGGUCCUUGUCAUCAGUCUUCCUCUGGUCUAGGAGCUUCUCAGUGCACGGACCCGGGGUCCAAAGGAUGUGUGCUCCUGGCCCUUGUUUCUUGGUGGCAUGAGGUCCCCCUGUCUCUCGGCUCACUUCUGUCUUUUAUAUCUCAAAAGAGAUUGACUCAAGAUACAACCUAAUCUUGUAGAUUGAGUCCUGCCUCGUUAACAUAACUGCCUCUAAUUCUGCCUCAUUAACAUCACAGAGGUUAGGAUUUACAACACACAGGAAAAUCACACUGGAGGACAGAAUGGCGGAAGGUCACACAAUACUGGGAAUCAUGGCCUAGCCAAGUCAACACACAUUUUUUGGGGGACACAGUUCAAUCCAUGACAUAAGAGUUUUGAGAAAUAUGGUGUGGCAAUACAAUCCACCAGUAUGGCUAGUGUCAUUGAGGCGCCCCUGGUCUGUGGCAUGAUGGAGCCCCAAUGGGAACUAGAGAUACAAUUUAUCGAGGGCGUCUUUCUAUUAGGUCACAUGGGGAACCCUUGGUUUUUCAAAUAAGACACAGAAAAAGUAAAACAAACCCAUCAGGGCUCCCUGACUGUCACCCAGGAAAGCCAUAGUUAUGCUCAUAAGCCUUAUCUCACAGAAAUAAAGGGAAAAAAGGCAAAAGUUCACAAAACUGAGACAUCCAGGAAGCAUCACAUAAUAGAAUGCUCCGUCUACACAACAAUGAGGCUUCAGCUCGCAUCUGCUGAGCUUCAGGCUUUUCAAAAGGGACGCACCUUGACGCUAAAUGCAUUAGAACCUGAAUAACUAACACCUUACCUCGGAGGUCCAGAGGCUUGAAAAGUGACUGGCAUCCGCUUCAUGCCAAUGAUAACGCCGGUUUAAACCAAGAAUUGCUUGUGAAACAAAGAGCUGUUGUUUAAAGCUGCCGAAGAUGGCUGAGGCCGCUGGGACCGCUGUUUACCUCUGCGAUUUUGCUUUCAGACCGGGCUUGCUCACCUGCAUCAAAGCCUGCUGAUGAAUUCCGCGCUGCUGGCUUACGAGACAGCGUGGAGGGUUGCAUUUAAACUUGGCAGAAUGUUCACAGCCGUAGCUGACCAAGCAAGUCUUGAAACCUUGCUUGUCAUUCUCGGCACUGGCUGCCUGUUGGUUAGCAAAGAAAAGUUGUUACAGGUCAGCUGAGGCUGCAGUCCUGUGUCAACCAAGAGCACCUCAUCUGGCUGUAGGACAGGGUCACUUUGUGUAUCAAGAUGGACAUGUGGAGUUUGCCCUUUUCCUGUUGAAUUCGAAAUCAGUUUAACUCAUGCCGGAGGAUGGUGGGGGAUAAGUUACUAAGAGCAAAAUGGACUCCCAACUCAGAACACUCCUCCACAAAAAUAGAAGAGGAAAACAUUUUAUGAUUGAAUCAGUAUUCAACAGUUCACUAAGUUCACCAAGAGGAGCCCUGGUGGUGCAGUGGUUAAGAGCUCGGCUGCUAACCAAAAGGUCGGCACUUCGAAUCCACUAGCCACUCCUUGGAAACCCUAUGGAGCAGUUCUACUCUGUCCUGUAGGGUCGCUGUGAGUCAGGUCGACUUGAUGGCAACGGGUUUAAUCUAGUGAGAGCUUGCAGGGACAGAAAGCAAUUUUAUCCUUUAUAUAACUGAGUGGGGACGCCUCAUUGCAGUCAUGUUGAGGAGAAAAUUGCUAAUUUCCCGGUGUCUUUAUGGCAGCUUACCUGAGGUCAUUGCCAGUCUCCUUCCAGGACACAGGAAGGUGGGGAAGCUCACCUGAAGUCACAUUUCAAAGGUGGAGCUGCCACAUCUUUGGGGGGAAACCUCUUAGGUUUGCAUAAUUAAAAAAAAAUUAAUUUUAUCGUUUUUGUUGUUGUUGAGAAUAUACGCAGUGAGAUGUACACCGCUUCCACAGUUUCUGCCUGUACAAUUCACUGGCAUUUAGUCUGUUCAGAUUUCCAUACUUUCCAGAGAGACAAAGAAUUUACAAUGUCAAGGUAUCUAAAGUGUUUUCUGAAAAGAAAAGGGGAGCAGGGUGGGCCGUCGUCCUUUCUUUUCAGUACGGAUAAGGGAAACUGUCUUAAUUUCAAUUGGUUAAGCGCUCGGCUGCUCACCCAAAGGUCUGUGGUUCCAACCCACUGAUGCCUCCAUGGGAGAAAAGACCUGAACCUGGAAAGAUGACAGCCUUGGACACCCUACAGGGCAGUUCUCCUGUGUCCCACAGGGUUGCUGUGAGUCGGAAUCCCCUUGAUGUCAGACAACAACAACGACAUUCCAAAACUGUGUUUUCCUUACGAGGAACGUCACGGGUUCCAUCGGUCUGUUGGCAGUCAGCACCGGUGACUCGUGUUCUCAUUUUGGUUUUUUUUUAACAGCUGGAAUUCAGGAUUGACGGAAAGGCAUUCAGCUUUGCCCUGCAAACUCUGUGGGAAGGGCGCCUAGCUAAACUGUAACAAAGCAGGCCAGGGUCCACUUCAGAUUGGAAGCAGCCAGAAUUUUUCCUGAGAAUGUCAAAGCUGAGCCUGACCUUAGAAAUUUAAACAAAAAACGGGGAAUGGAUACGAUAUGAAUUCUGCAUAAUUUGGCCCGAGUUGACUCUGACCUCUGGCGAGCCCACGUGUGUCAGAAUAGGACUGCGCGCCCCAGGGCCCACGUGUGUCAGAGUAGGACCGAGCGCCCCGGGGCCCACGUGUGUCAGAGUAGGACCGCGCGCCCCGGGGCCCACGUGUGUCAGAGUAGGACCGUGCGCCCCGGGGCCCACGUGUGUCAGAGUAGGACCGCGCGCCCUGGGGUUCUCAGUGGCCUGAUUUUUCAGAAGUAGAUUGCCAGGCCUUUCUUCUGAGGUGCCACUGAGCUGAAUAUUCUGUUCAUCUCUUUCCCUUCUGCUGACGUCCUUAAACCUAACCAAACCAGUCGCCAUCGAGUCCACUCCGACCCCUGGCGACCCCAUACGUGUCAGAGUAGAACUGAGCAUCACAGGGUUUUCAGUGGCUGAUUUUUUGGAAGGAGAUUGCCAGGAUUUUCUUCCAAAGCACCUCUGCGUGGACUCGAACCUCCAGCACUUCAGUUAGCAGCCAAGCAUAUUAUCCAUUUGCACCACCCAGGGAUUCCAUAAUUAUACUAAUAUAUUAUUGAUACCAUGGAGCGUACUGUGUCCAUUUAAACACUAACAUCAGAUGCGUUCAUUACCUUUUCUAUUUCACAUAUCAUUUCGUGGCUCUUUUCCUGUGAACAUCCACAUUGUUUUGGCGAGGAGAUCAGUAUCAGACAAAAAAAAAAAAAAAUUGACCCGAGUCAGGACGCCCCUGUGUGUGUCAGAGUAGAACCGUGCUCCACAGGGUUUUCAGUGGCUGAGUUUUUGGAAGCAGAUAGCCAGGCCUUUCUCCUGAGACACCUCUGGGUAGCAGCCAGACCCUUAACUGUUCGAGCCACCCAGCAUCUGUUUAAUUUGACUUCGAAAAAGGAGGAGCAAAGUGCUAAAGGGAGAUGCCCUUAAAUGCUCUUGUUUUCUUAGAAUUAGUUAUCUAAAAACGAGAUAAUUAUAAAUUAAUGAGAGAUGUUUGCAGUGCCUGUUCAGAGACAAUUUAUAAGUCAACUAGAAAUUCCGAUAAGCGAGACAGUCUGCCCCCAUGUUCUUCGUGUUAUUAAUUUAACGCUUGCAUCCACGUGGCCCGUGCAGUCAGAUGUGGUCUGUUGUCAGAGUUUUAAGAUAUAGUACGUGAUUAAAAAUACUGCAUUUAAUAUCUGUGGUCCACAGGGUUUGCAAGACUGUGGUCUUUCUGAAGCAGUUUGCCAGGCCUUUCUUCCCAGGUGCCUCUGGGUGGACUCAAACUUCCAACUGAGUGUGUUAAGCUUUUACACAACCCAGAGACUCCCAGUCGGCUUGACUGUUGUUGCUGGUCGCUGUCAAGUUGAUUCUGACUCACAGCGACCCCGUGUGUGCAGAGUAGUGACCUUUUGGGAGCAGUUCUCCAGGCCUUUCUUCCGAGGCACUUCUGGGUGGGAUCAAACCGCCAACCUUUCGGUUAGCAGCCAGCGCUGCCCAGGGGCUGCUUUUCAUGUCCUCGUGUGUCAUAAACAAUUGAAACAUUGAUUGGCUCAAAGCCUGCUUAAAAUGAUCGUAUCGUGCAAAGAAAGUCCUACCUGUCACCAAUAAGGAGAUUUUUAGAAAUUAGAUUUCUCACACACGCCCAGGCGUUGAAAAGAGUAGAGAAAAUCAGGAAGAUGUGUGUUAGAGCACAGUUCAGCCCUUUCGUUGAAUGUUCUGUUGUAAGGAGGCAGGCUUUCGGGUACGGAAGACGGAUUUGUACACGUUCUACCGGAGGGGUCACUGCUGUCAUUCAUAGCUGCCCUUGAGUUGGCCCCCAACUCACGGCGACCCCAUGCCUCAUGGGAGGAAACCCUGUCCGGUCCUGAGGCAUCCCCGUGAUUGGUUGUGGAUCAGAGCUCUGUGAGCCAUUAGGUUUUCACUGGCUGAUGUUCAAAAGUAGGUCACUAGGCCUUUCUUCCUAGCCCGUCUUAGUCCGGAAGCCCCACUGAAACCUGUCCACCACGGUGACCCUGCUGGUGUUUGAAAUCCCAGUGGCAUAGCCUCCAGGAUCACAGCAACGUGCAAGCCACCACAAUAUGGCAACCUAGAACAGAAUUCUUUGUCUGUCAUCGAGGUGGCCGCCGACUCGUGGUGCCCCUGUGCACAACAGAACGAAUUGCUGCCUGGUCCUGCGCCGUCCCCAUGAUGGGUUGCAGAGGAGAACACUGUGAUCCAUACAGUUUCCAUAGGCUGAUUUUUGGAAGUCAACUGCCAGGCCUUUCUUCCUAGUCUCUCUCAGCCUGGAAGCUCCACUGAAGCCUGUUCAGCAUCAAAGCAACUCGCAAGCCUCCACUGACAGACGGGUGGGGGCUGCGCUUGAGGUACACUGGCCGGGAAUCGAACCUGGGUCUCCUGCGUGAAAGGCGAGAAUUCCACCACUGGGCCACCAAUGUUGUCCUCAGAGGCAGUAAUAAAAAAACCAAAACUCAUUGCUGUCGAGUCUAUUCCGACUCAUAGCGACCCAAUGGGACAGCAUAGAACUUCCCCAUAGGAAGUCGACUGGUGGAUUCGAACUGCUGACCCUUUGGUUAGCAGCUGAACUCGUAACCACUUAGACUCAAAACUGUGUCAGUGCACUCACUGAGAAAGCUAUUCAAGCUGGACUUCUGCUUUUCAGACUAUACAGGGUGGUGGAUUUUUAAAAACUUCGGUUGUUAAAAUGAUUCUCUUUUCUUUUUCCUUUUUUCUCGCUGCAAUGUGAUAUUUUCAUACAACUUUAAUUAUUUUCUUGAUGGACCCUGAGAGGGACGUUGUGUAUUUCAUUAAAGGCUCGGGGGACGCUCCCAGGUGGCAGGAGUCCUGGCCUUGCUCUGAGGUUUUUAGAGAGAGGAAGUGUCUAACCCACAUUCAGUCUCAUUGGUUUUGUGCCCGCGUGAAGGGUGGCGCCAGAUGUCCCAUGGAGGGAAAACAGCCCUUUUCAGACUUCUUCCUCAUAAGAUCCCCUUUGGGCUCUUAAAGGAACACCCCUAGGAGCAUUUGAGUACGUGGGUUGUAUUUAUCAAGGUUUACUGUGUUAGAGAUGAAAACAGAGAAAGUGAAAGCACGUUUAACCAUUUAGAAAUAGCACUAAAGCAGGACCAGUUGAUGUGGAGUUGACCCCUGUCGACAGAGUAGAACUGGGCUCCAGGGGGUUUUCAGCAGCUGAUUUUUCAGGAGUAGGUCGCCAGGCCUUUUCUUCUGAGGCACCUCUAGGUGGUCUUGAACCACCAGCCUUUUGGUUGGUGGUCGAGCACAUUAACAUUUGCACCACUCAGGGAGUCCAAAAAUAUCAAUAGCACACCACUUACAUGUUACUUCAAAUAACAGUUUUUUUAAAAAAAAAUUUUUUAGUUGUGUUUUAAGUGUGAAAACUUACAAUUCAAGUCAGUUUCUCAUACAAAAACUUACACGCUCAUUGUUAUGUGGUGCUAGUUGCCAUCCCUGUAAUGAGACAGCACACGCCUUCUCUCCACCCUGUAUCCCUGUGUCUGUUCAACCAGCUCCUGCCCCCCUCUGCCCUCUCAUCCCCCUCCAGACAGGAGCUGCCCACAUAGUCUCAUGUGUCUACUUGAGCCAAGAAGCUCACUCCUCACCAGUAUCAUUUUCUAUCUUAUAGUCCAGUCCAAUCCCUGUCUGAAGAGUUGGCUUUGGGAAUGGUUCCAGUCUUGGGCUAACAGAGGGUCCAGGGACCAUGACAUCUGGGGACCCUCCAGUUUCAGUCAGACCAUUAAGUCUGGUCUUUUAGUGAGAAUUUGAGGUCUGCAUCCCACUUUCCUCCCACUCCAUCGGGGAAUCUCUGUUGUGUUCCCUGUCAGGACAGUCAUUGGUGGUAGCCGGGUACCAUCUAGUUCUCCUGGUCUCAGGCUGAUGGAGUCUGAUUUGUAUGGCCCUUUCUGUCUCUUGGGCUCAUAUUUUCCUUGCAAAUAACACUUUUUUUUUUAAAUAAUAAAAAAGUAUACUAUUCAAAACAAAAUUAAGAAGAAGAGUUGCCUUGUUUUAUGUCUUCGAAGACCUUCAUAUGACUGGCUGAGGGGGAGACAGGCCUCCCAUCUCCUUCUGCAGUCUGUCUCUUUGGAUUUGUUGUUUUGAAAGCAAAUGAAGAAAAUCUGACCUCUCACACUUGUGUGAUUGGAAAAAGCAGGACCUCAGCGAACCCCAGGAAGGAUCUUGGGGGCAGACUCCUGGGAGGCUCUGACCACAGCUGGGUCCCUGUGAUCUGCUUCCAGAAAUCAGCCGGAGAGGACCCUAUGGAGCACAACUGUCUGAUUUCCACGCUAUCGUGGGGAUGGCGCAGGACCAGGCACGUUUUGGUCUGUGCAGGUGCCCGCCGCGGAUGAGCGGAGGCCCGGCGGGCAGGCCCUGGCAGAGCCGGCCGUGAUGGACACCAAGGGCCUGGACAGCUCACAGGCUGACCUGAAGCUGGUGGCGCACCCACGCGCCAAAAGCAAGGUGUGGAAGUACUUUGGCUUCGACACGGACGCCGAGGGAUGCAUUCUGCAGUGGAAGAAAAUCUACUGCCGUAUCUGCAUGGCCCAGAUCGCCUACUCCGGCAACACCUCCAACCUCUCCUACCACCUGGAGAAGAACCACCCCGAGGAAUUCUGUGAGUUCGUCAAGAGCAACACCGAGCAGAUGCGCGAAGCCUUCGCCACCGCCUUCUCCAAGCUGAAGCCUGAGUCCUCGCAGCAGGUGACCCCGGACACACUGGCCGCCAAGUCGGCCCACGGCUACGAGAGCAAGCGGCAGCAGGAGCUGACGGCCGCCGUCAUGAGCUUCAUCUGCGAGGGCCUGUACCCCGCGUCCAUCGUGGACGAGCCCACCUUCCGGCUCCUGCUGAAGACGGCUGAGCCCCGCUACGAGCUGCCCAGCAGGAAGUUCUUCUGCACCAAGGCCAUCCCCGAGAAGUACGGCGCCGUCCGCGAGGUCGUCCUCCGGGAGCUGCGUGACGCCCUGUGGUGCGGUGUCUCCACAGACAUGUGGCGCAGUGGCAACCAGAACCGUGCCUACGUGACGCUGGCCGCCCACUUCCUCACCAGCGCGUCCCCCAACUCGCUCUCGGUGGUGUCCCGGUGCCUCAAGACAUUCGAGGUGCCGGAGGAGAACGCGGCGGAGACCAUCACGCGCGUGCUCUACGAGGCCUUCAUCGAGUGGGGCAUCAGCACCAAGGUCUUCGGGGCCACCACUGACUCCGGCAAGGACAUCGCCAAGGCCUGCUCGCUGCUGGACAUCCCGGUCCAGAUGCCGUGCCUCGGGCAGACCUUCAACAUCGGUAUCCAGCGGGCGUUCCAGCUGCCCAAGCUGGGCAGCCUGCUGUCGCGCUGCCGCAAGCUGGUGGAGUACUUCCAGCAGUCGGCGGUGGCCAUGUACAUGCUAUACCAGAAGCAGAAACAGCAGAACGUCGCGCACUGCAUGUUGGUGAGCAACCGGGUGUCCUGGUGGGGCAGCACACUGGCCAUGCUGCAGCGCCUGAAGGAGCAGCAGUUUGUCAUCGCGGCCGUGCUGGUGGAGGACAGCAACAACCAUCAUCUGAUGCUGGAAGCCACCGAGUGGGCCACCAUCGAAGGCUUGGUGGACCUCCUGCAGCCCUUCAAGCAGGUGGCCGAGAUGCUCUCCGCCUCCAAGCACCCCACAAUCAGCAUGGUCAAACCGCUUUUGCACAUGCUCCUAAACACGACACUCAACAUCAAAGAGACCGACUCUAAAGAGAUCAGCAUGGCCAAAGAGGUCAUAGCCAAGGAGCUCUCCAAGACCUACCAGGAGACGCCCGAGAUCGACAUGUUUCUCAACGUCGCCACCUUCCUGGACCCACGUUAUAAGAGGCUGCCCUUCCUCUCGGCGUUCGAACGUCAGCAGGUGGAGAAUAGGGUGGUGGAGGAGGCCAAGGGGCUGUUGGACAAGGUCAAGGACGGCAGCUACCAGCUGGCCGAGGACAAGAUGUACACGCUGCCCGAGGAGCCGCCGGUGAAGAAGCUCACGCUGGUGUCCACGCCGCCUCCCAGCAGCGUCAUCAACAACAUGCUGGCCGAGAUCUUCUGCCAGUCGGGUGGUGUGGAGGACCAGGAGGAAUGGCAUGCCCAGGUGGUGGAGGAGCUGAGUAACUUCAAAUCCCAGAAGGUGCUGGGUCUCAGCGAGGACCCACUCAAGUGGUGGUCCGACCGCCUGGCCCUGUUCCCUGUGUUGCCCAAAGUCCUCCAGAAGUACUGGUGUGUGGCGGCCACCCGUGUCUUCCCCGAGCGUCUCUUCGGCUCCUCGGCCAACGUGGUGAGUGCCAAGCGGAACCGCCUGGCCCCAGCCCAUGUGGACGAGCAGGUCUUCCUGUACGAGAAUGCCCGGAGCGGGGCAGAGGCCGAGCUGGAGGAUGAGGACGAGGGGGAGUGGGGCCUGGACCAGGAGCAGAUGUUCCCCUUGGGGGAGGCCGUCAGCGUCAACAGUGGCUUCUUCGGGAUCCGCGACAGCGGGUUCAUUUAGCGGGACUGUGGGGGCCGGCGGAGGUGAAGGGGAAGAGGGGGGCUUCAACUGACCUGUUGGAUGCUUCGCUGUAAAUAUGGCUGCAACAUAGGGUCGUCCUGGCUGGAUUUUUUAACUCCAAUGCAUAGGCUUUGGAGCAAGCAGGAAGGACAGGGAGAGAGACGGCUCUGGGCGUCUUGAAAAUUGAAUGUUUUGCCUGGGAGUUGGAGAAAAAGGGAAAUGAAAUGUGUGAACUCUACGCUUCUGCGUACAGACUGUGCCUACUAAUCGCCUGGACGGCAUAAACAGUUAUGUGCUCCUCUACUGUCUGGAAGGUUAGCGGUUCGAACCCACCCGGAGGUGCUGCGAAAGAAAGCCCUGGCAUUCUGCUCCCAAAAGGUCACAGCCUUGAAAAAUUGCAGAGCACAGUUCUACUCUGGUGUGCCCGGGGUCGCCAUGAGUUGGACUCGACCAGGCAGCAGCCAGCCCCAACAUACUUUGUAGGAUUAGAGUGAGGGGAAGCUGCUUCGGGAGUCAGAAUUGAGUAGAAUUAGGGGACCCCGGGUGGCGGAAAUGGUUAAGUGCUCGACUACUAGCCAGAAGGUUGGCAGUUCAAACCACCCAGAGGUGCCUCGGAAGAAAGGCCUGGCAAUCUGCUCUGAAUUAUCACAGCCUUGAAAACCCCACAGAGCACAGUUCUACUCUGACGCACAUGGGGUUUGCCAUGAGCGGGAAUUAACCAGAGGGCGACGAACAAGAAAGAAUAGCCAACGCCAAAGUCCUCGGUUGAAGCAGAGUUUGCGGGUGAAUUUCCUUCUUCAUAGACACACAUAACAAACACACACGGUUCGUGUUUUCCAUGGCGGGGUGGGGGGAGGGUUUCGAAUCACAAAAACACAAAGUGCACUCAGCAACUACAACAGAAAUAAAUUAUGAAACAAAAAAAGUCGUACAGGCAGAAGAGAAAGGGCUUUCUCCACUCAGCGUGGACUUCACUCUAGUGGUGUCGGUAAAGGGAUAAUAUGUUUACAUUUUAAUUUAAAGCGAGAGCUGUGCCUCGGAAACUCAGAAAAACGUUCUUUAGCAGCGGUGCGUCUGGGAAAGAGACGCGUUGUACGUUUGGCGGAAAAAAAAUGUUAAAAAUCAGCCUGAAAUGGAAACACUUAUAAAAAAGCAAAAAAAAAAAAAAAAAAGGCAUCGAGUGUGUUUUUUCUUUCUUGGUUUGUCUUCUUCCGCUUGCCAAAAUCUAACUCGUGGAAGCAGUAAUUCUAAGCCAGCGCUGGGUUUGGCCCAGAAUGGUGUUUUUUGGGUGUCCGGGGUUGCUUCUUUUUGUCUUGGUGUUGACAGUCUCCUUUGAAACCUGCUGGCAAAUACAGCCAGCUUUAACGCACCCACGGCAGCUUCAGGUCAUAUAAAGGGGUGUUUUAGAUUUGAUUGGGAAUCCCUUGGUCGUGCAGAUGUUGAAACCAAAGAUUGCAGGUUCGGAUCCACCCCCAAGAUGCCUUGGAAGAAAGGCCUGGCGACCUACUUCUGAAAAAUCAGCCAUUGAAAACCCCGUGGGGCCCAGUUCUCCUCUGACACCCACGGGGCGCCAUGAGUCAGUCAGGGUUGACUCGGUGGUAACUGGUUUUUAGAUUUUAAUAUAGGAAAAAAACUCCUGUAUUCCCUCAUUUAAACUCAAUAAAACCAAACCAAACCUGUUGCCGUGGAGUUGGUUCCUACUCAUAGCUAGCCUAUAGGACAGAGUAGAACUGCCCCACAGGGUUUCCAAGGAGCGGCUGGUGGAUUUGAGCUGCCGACCUUUCGGUGAGCAGCCAAGUGCUUCACCACUGCGCCACCAGGGCUCCAUUUAAACUCAAUACUACAGGACAAUUAAUUAAAAAAAAAUUACCAUGAGAUAGUUUGACCUUUGGGGUUCACUGUGGGUUACUCUCUACUCUUUAGGGAAACAUAAAGAAAUUCCCAAAAUGUAGGCCAACUUUCUUAACCUCGACAAAAGUACCCUACUUAAGUAACUGCCUUUUUCCAAAAGACAGCACCAUCUCUUAGGUUCCUAUGUAGGACUCUUCAGUAUAUAAAUUAAACAGCCCGCACUGGGAAGGUUGGUUUCUAGCGUGUGGUUUAGAAGGAGUCCCUGGGUGGUACAAACAGUUCAUGUGCUCUCUUGUGCACCCAAAGGUUGGAAGUUUGCUUCCAUCCGGAGGCGCCUUGGAAGAAAGGCCUGGCGACUUUCUCCUGAAAAAUCAGCCUUUGAAAACCCUAUGGGUCACAGUUCUCCUCUGGCAUCAAUAGGGGAGCCAGGAGUCAGGGCCGACUCGACAGCUACUAACAAUGACAUGAAAAUGUCUCAGCUACCUGUGUUUGGGCGUUUUUUUUUAAUUAUUAUUUUUAACUGUUUUUUAAAGUCCUGGGCAUCUGGUUGUGGUUUUCUUCUUUAACAUUUUAGAAUAGGACUCUUGCUUAACAUACUGGAGUAAUUAAUCGGCUAGUAAUUUAUUCAUCUGAUACGUGUUAAGAAAGGUAGAGCUUUAUUUGUUUAAAGCCUUUAGCCACGAGAGGUUGCCCAUUGAGACAAACUUUUCUGGGCCGUAGACAAGUCCAGCCUGGUUUUUGUCUUGAGUUCCUGGACGUUGUGAAGGUUUAAUGCACUUUGGGUCUGUCUUUUUUGGAUCAUAAAGCCGUCGGCUAGUGACACACUCCAGUGGUAGGCGUGUUUGCAUUUUCCUUCACCGGCUUUUCUUUGUCUUGGAAAUGGUGGUCUGGUAGGUGAUUUUAUAAAACUGGGUCUUUUUCUGAGAAUUGAACCCAGGUGCCCUGGUGGUGCAGUGGCUGAGCACCCAGCUGUAGAGCCGAGAGGGUGGUGGUUCGAACCCACCAGCUGCUGUGCAGUAGAAAGACGUGGCAGCCUGCUUGCAUAGAACUUCCUAUAGGAAAUAGUAGAACUGCCCCAUAGGGUUUCCAAGGAGUGGCUGGUGGAUUUGAACUGCUGAAUUUUUUUGGUUAGCAGCCAGGAUUUUUUUUU